AUGCCGGAUGCCUUGUCCCCUGGGCUCACCCCGUCCGUGGGAGCGACUGGGAUGGGGUACACAGGGCAGGAGGGGAGCGAGUAUGGGGAGCGGACACCAGGGGAGAUGACUGGGGAGAAUGAGUAUACAGACGAGCUACAGGAGCUGCUGUCGCCUGGAGGGAUGGGGUCUAUGGGCGGUGGUGGUGGUGGCGGUGGAGGGGAUGGGGGUGGGGGUGGGGGUGGGGGUACUCCUAUGACUGGUAUGUCGCCGCGUGGAGCACUGGGAAGCUGGAGUAAGGGGCCGGGGGGAACGCCUCAGACGCCGGCUAGUAUGGUUGGUAGCACGGGCACGGUCCCUGGGACUGCUGGCACUGGCGCGGGGUAUAAGCCCGCGUGGGCGGAGUCGGGAGGGGCGAGCGCGGCAGGCGCGGGGAUGGGCGUGGGGGGAGAUGGUCUCGGGGAGGGGCACCUGGUUUCCCCGCCCUCGAGAAGUGGGGGAGGCGGCGGGAGCGCUGCUAGCGGUGCGGCCAGCACCGCGUAUGGUAACCACCACCAGGGGGGAGCGCGCGGGGGAGGGAUAGGGGGAGGCAGCGGAGGCGGGGGCAGCGCGGGCGCCAAGGGGAAUGGCGCGCUGCCCUCGCCCGGCGCAGGCGCCAUGUCGCCCGUCCCUGCUGGUCCCAUCCCCGACGGGUUCAGCCCCUUAGGCUCUGUGGGAAGCUCCCUGACAAACCCGCUAGGGGCAGUGCACGGGCGCGGCGGAGGCGGCGCAGUCAUGCGCGAUUACCCGGCGGAGCUGGCGGCGGCGGAGGCGGCUAUAGAGGAGCUGCAGCGGGACUGCGUGAAAUACCAGCUGAACGCGCGGAAUCUCACGCGCGAGGUGGAGAGUCUGAGGAGUCAGUUGGCCGAGGCGAUCACGCAGGACCAGAGGGCUGAUAUUGCGAUAGGGGAGUUGAAAGGGGAGCGGGAUCAGCUUCAGGAGGAGUUGAACCAGCUGCGGAUGGGGCGGGCAGGCGGGGAAGUGGGCGGCGGGGGGAUGGGGGAGGGGAGCGAGUGGAGCAUGGGUGGACCCGGGGGCAUGCGCGGGGGGAUGGGGGGCGGCAGGGAGGUUGAAAUGCUGAUGGAAGAGGUGGAGUAUCUCAAGGGCACGGUUGAUAGCUUAUCAGCGCAGCUAGAGGUGUUUCAGAGGGACAACGUUGAGCUGUCUAAGUCGCUGGAGGAGGCGGAGAGGGAGGCGGGGAAGUACAGGCGGGAUGCGGAGGAGCUGUUUGAGGAUAGGCGGGAGGCGCAAGCGGUGGCAAAGCGGCUGCAGAAGCAGAUGGAGGAGAAGGAGGCGGAGUGGAACCGGCGCCUGGCGGAGCUCGCGCAGGGGAACGGCGGGAUGGACGGGCUGGGUUUGGGUCUGAGCGGGGUGGGGGUUUCAGACGGGAUGGGCGGCGUGGGGGGGAGCGCGCAGUCGUCGGUUAAGAGGAGUUUGUUCGGCGGGGCGGACAGGCGCGCGGGGCUGGUUCCGCGGAACCUGCGGGAUGAGUUGGAGCUUGCGACAGAGAGCGAGGGGGAGGUGCGGGGCGGGGGAGGGAAUAAGCGGUACGCGGGGUAUGACGGGCAGGAGAGCAGUGGCACGGCGGGGAUGACUUGCGAUGAGAGUAUUCUGCUGGAGCUCCAGCAGAAGGUGGAAGAACUGGAGAAAGAAGCACAGGAGCUCACAGCAGAGAGCCUUGAGUUAGCUACGGAAUUGAACACUGCGAAUAAGGAGGCGGAGCAGAAGGACGUGUUGAUCGAGCAGCUGAAGCAGGAGUUAGUUGCGGCGAGAGGCGGGAGAGGGCUCCCGGCGAGCAUAGCGCAGCUGCUACAGGCGAAACCCAAGCCGAAGCCGUAUCAGCCCGUGCAGCUAAGGCAGCAGCGCCCCGCGCCACCCCCGCCGCCUGCUCCCCCUGCCCCGUGCCUGUGCCCGAAGUGCUCUGAGCCCUCCACCCCUGCGCUCUGCGCGAAGUGUACCCCCCCUCCCCCGCCUCCGCCCCCACCUGCGGAACCGUCCCCGCCCCCGCCCCCUCCCCCUGCUCCUGUCGUAGAGGAACCUAAGAAAGCAGAGGUCGCGGCGAAGGCUGUGAGCAGCAGCAGCGUGUCCGAGGAAGAUGCGCGGAAGCUGCAGGCGCGCGUGCAGGAGCUGCUGGAGCAGCUGCGGGUGCAGCGGGGGGAGGCGCAGGCCGCCAAAGAGGAGGUGGUGCAGCUGCGCAGCAAGGUGCGCGUCGCUGAAAUGGCCACCCAGCGAGCCAACGAUCGGCUUAGUAUCUUAGAAGAGUAUGAACGGAGGGCUAGGGAGGUGGAGGCGGAGCUGGAAAGUACCAAGAAGCUGCUGGCGGCGGGGCGACGGGCGAGGGAGGAGGCGGAGAGGAGGCAUGAGUUAGAGGUGGAGCAUUUGAAGGAGGCGCGGGCGGAUGUGGAGAGUCAGCUGACUAGGUACGUGGAGGAGGUGGGGCGGUUGGAGAAGAAGUGUGCUGAUGAGGGUCAGGCAGGGAAGGAGUUGAGUGAGAGAUUGGCGGAGGUGCUGGAGAAUGGGGUUGCUGGGAUUGACUUGGAGGAUUCUGCGAGUCUUGCUGCGAGGGCGGAGGGGUUGGAUGCUGCUGGGAAGGUGGCGCUGCUUGCUGAGGUGGCGUCCAAGUGGCGCGCGCGGGCUGCUGAGCUGGCGAAGGAGAAGGAGAAGCUGCGGGAGGAGAAGGAUGACGUGGAGGGGAAAAUGGAGGAGCUGGAGAAGGGGAUGGGGUCGUGGAGGACCGAUAAGGCGGGGUUGGAGAAACAGGUGCGGCUGCUGGAUGAGGGGAAGAGAUUGGCAGAGUCUCGGGUACAAGAGGUAGAGCUACAGCUGUCUGCUAUGCAGGAGCUACUAGAUGAUGCCAAGGCGGAUUCUGCUGCUGCUGUGAGGCGGAGCAACGGUGGUAUGAGUGCCAGUGAGGUGGAGGAAAUGAGGGAGAGUAAUCAGAAGGCGAGGAGGCGGAUUGUGGAGCUUGAGGGGCAGGUGAAGGCGCUUGAGACACGGCUGGCAGAGUGGGAGGUGAGGGAGUUGUCUGGUUUGGGCAGUGGGGAUCGGCGUGGGAAGAGCAAGGAGCUGGAGGAGGCUCGGAAGAGGAUUGCCGAGCUUGAGGCGGAGGUUCGGAAGGUGGCUGGGGAGUCGGGGGCGGGGAAGAGGGAGGUGGAGAUGAGGGUGUUGAGGCUGGAAGGGGCGUGUGGGAAGCUAGAGGCGGAACUGCAGGAGGCGAAUACGGGGAAGAGGAGGGCAGAGGAGAGGGUAGCAGAGGUGCAGGCUCAACUGGUGGUGGUGACAUCUGAGGCCAAGGCGGAGGCAGGGAGAGCGAAGGAGCUUGAAGGGCGGCUACAGCGGGCUGAGGCGAGAGAAGGGGAGUUGAUGGGCGAGGUGCAGGGGCUUGAGGGACGAUUGAAGGAGAUAGAGCGGGAGAAGGAGCGGUUUAGUAGGGUGCUGGGGCAGGAGGAGGCGAAGCGGGAGGCGGCAGAGGCGAGGGCGGCAGCAGGGGAGGCGACGGGGGAGAGGGUGAGGGAGCAGAUGGGGAGGGACCUGGCGAGGAUGAAAGAGGUGGAAGCGAAGCUAACAGCGCGGUUGCAAGGGGUGGAGAGGGAUAGAGACGAGGCAAAGGUGAGGGCGGGCAAGGCGGAGGAGGGGCAGAGGCGGGAGAAGGAGGAGCGGCAGGCGGCUGUAGCACGGCUACAGGCAGAGGUGCAACUGCUGACGGAGCAGCUAUCCGCUUCCGUGAGCGCGAGUGGUAACCUGAGAAGGGAGAAUACGAGUGCGGUGGAGGCAGCAGAGCUGCGAGCGGCUAAGGGGAAGCUGGAGGACCGGUUGAGACGGGCGGAAGCAGAGCUGAGGGAUGCGAUAGCCGAGAGGAACAAGGCAGAGCUUGAAGUGGAGAGCCAGAGGCGGGCUGUGGCUGCUGAGAAGGCAGCAGCGCGGAGUAGGGAAGCGGCGUGGACGGCUGAGGCUGAGGGGCUGAAGAGGGAAGCAGCAGAGGCGAGGGAAGCGGUGGUGAAGCUUAGGGGGGUUGAGGAGGAGCGGGAUGAGCUGGUGAGGCAGUUGGGGGAGGCGGAGGCGGGUGUAAAGCGGUUGGAAGCAGUGAGGGAGGAGCUUGAGGGGGAGAAGCGGGCGUUGGUGGCUCAGCAGGGGAUCAUGGCGGCGAAAGUGAAGGAGUUGGAGCGGGUUAAAAGCGAUUUGGUGGCAGUGCGGACAGAGAAACAGGUGCUAGAAGAGAGGAGGCUUACACUGUCACUUAAACUGGCUAAGAUGGAAGAGGGAUUGAGUGAGUUGGAGGAUUUGAGGGCUAAGCAUGUGGUGCUGGAAGGGGAGGUGGGGGAGUUGGCGGCUAAGGCGGGGGAGGUGGUGGGGUUGAGAGAGGAGAAGAAGCGGUUGGAAGGAGUGGUGAGGGAUUUGGAGGAGCGGGUGGAGCAGCUGGCGAGUGUGUCUGGGGGGGGUGGGUCUGCGGGUGGAGGGGGUAGUGGGGGAAUUGGAGCAGGGGGGGCGGUGGCGAGUGCAUUGGCAGAGGAGGUGCGGCAGUUGAAGCAGCAGAAUGGGGAGCUUAAAAAGCAGUUGGCGGAGAUGAAAGGAGAGGGGGAUGGGGCUGCGGGUGUGGGCGCUGGGGGUAUGGGUAUGGGGAGCGCAAUGAAAGGCAGGCCAAUGGGGGGAGGCGGAGGGGGGAUGAUGGGCGGGGGAGGGGGCGGGGCGUUCGCGCGUGGGGGGCGGGCGGGGGGGAUAAUGGCUGCGCGUGGGGGAGAGGGUGGGGCGGAGAGGCAGGUGGAGGAGCUGAGGAAGAGAACGAUGGCUCUGGAGGGGGAGCUGCAGCGCAAGGCAGAGGCGCUGGCUGCUGCUGAGAGACAGCUGGAGGCGGCAAGGCAGGCUGCAUCUGGGGGAGGCGGCGGGAUGGAGAGCCAAGUCGGCAAGCUAGAGGACCAAGUGCGGUCUCUGGAGCAGACUCUAGAGAGCAGCAGGGCGACAGCAGAGGCGAGGGAGCGCAGCCUGACAGAGCGGCUGGAGCAGCUGGAAGCAGCGAAUGAGCUGUUGGGGAGCAAAGGAGACAACGCCACUGCCAGGCUGAACCAAGAGUUGCGCAAGGCGCAGCAGCAGGUGGGGGAGGCGCGAGUGAGGGAGGCGGAACUGCGGUGUGCACUAGCAACACUCAAGGGGUCCGGCACUGAGGCACACACACAGGAGGACCCUCGCAAGGCGGCGGCACAACGCAUGGCUAGUGGCGUGGCGGAGAGAAUGGCCAUUCUGGAAACAGAGCUGGCAGAGGCGCUGGAUGCAAACAACCGCUACAAGGAGCAGCUCAAGCGAGCGUUGGCAAGUGCAGGGGCAGCAGACAGCAGCGCAGCACAGCAGUCGCACGAGGGGGAGCUGGCAGCAAGGCUUGCUGACAUGGCAGCACAGCUGGAGGAGUCCAAGCGGGCGGCGCAGACAGCCGAGGGUGAGCUGGCGCGACUGAGGGCGGAGCACGAGGCAGUUGCUGCCAGGCUGGCACAGGCUGACGUGGACAAGAAGGGGGAAAGAAGGAUUAAGGGAGAUGUAGAGAGGAAAGUUGAGAAGAAGGAUGAGAAGAAGAGGGAGGAGAAGAAAGAGGAGAAGAAGGAGGAGAAGCGGAGGGAGGAGAGGCGGCUGGGUUCAAGGCCUGCCAGUCCAAGAAGCAAGGUGGGGGGGAUGACCAGCAGCACUGCCACUCCUGCCAGUGCGAGUGCGGCCAGGCUGGGCAGAAGCAGCAGCUCCAGAGGCAUGGGUAUCGUCUAA